AUGUUGGAAACUUCGGUGCGCGGGCUGUAUCUGCCAAACAUGCUGCCACAUUCUAUCCCAUCAUUCCAGAACCAGGAACCAGGCCGUGAUCCAAGUGUCAUGUCGGCUCCGCCAUCUGCUUUGAAUGAGAUCUCGAGGCUGGCGACUUUUGCAAGCCGAAACAUCGCUGACAUUUGCUCCAAAGGGAAGCCAACAUGUCUCCAAUGUUUGAAGCUUGGCAAGGAUUGUGUCUACAGCCCCAAGGUUGUUCGGAGUCCCUUGACGCGACAACAUCUUACUUAUGUGGAAGAUCGCUUGAGUGCGUUUGAAACGGCACUAAGCAAGUUAUUCCCUGGCGGUGAUGUGGACAAUGUCGUGGCUUCCUUACUCCAGGAACAUGAGCCUCGUCAUAGAAAGUCACUAUCGCCAUCAACAUCAUCGAAGGAAUCGCCACGCCCUCGUCCAGAGAGCAAACAUUCUGAACCUGCCGCAGAAGCAGUACCUCAACAAGCCGACGGAUUUGACUGGGCAGAGCGAGAAAUUUCCCUCGGCGAUCUAGCCGAUGGCAUGGCUGCCUUGUCGAUCAAGCCUGAAGGAGCUGGCUACUUCGGAGCUUCGUCUAGUGUGGUUCCGCUACGAACAAUUACAGAGCAUGGCUUCAACCUGGAUAUUCCAUCGCCAGGUGGGACGACGAGCUUCCACAGGACCGCGCCACUCAAGUCCCAUUUGAUUAGCUCGGCUCCCUCUGGAUUAGUGGAACAGGCCUUUAUCGACGCUUAUUUUCUGAACUAUCAUACCAGUUACCCUUUUGUUCACGAAAGUACAUUCCGGGCACAAUACCACGAGCAGAUUCCCCGACCCCACGGGCAAGCAUGGCACAUUCUGCUCAACACGAUUUUAGCCCUUGGUGCAUGGAGCAUCGGCGACGAUAGCUCAGAUCUGGACAUUACAUUCUACCAAGAAGCCAGAAAUCACGUGCAACAGGCCUCCGCGUUUGAAAUGGGAAACCUUACCCUUGUACAGGCAUUGCUCCUUCUCAGCAACUACGCGCAAAAGCGAAAUAAACCAAACACAGGCUGGAAUUAUCUUGGGCUAGCUGUAAGGAUGUCGAUGAGUCUUGGAAUUCAUAAGGAGUUUCCAGGCUGGAAAAUCAGUUUGCUACAGCGAGAGAUCCGCAGACGUUUAUGGUGGGGAGUUUUUAUGUUUGAUAGUGGAGCGGCGAAGACAUUUGGACGUCCAAUUCUUCUGCCAGAUGAAACCAUCAUGGACGCGAAGCACGUCCUCAAUAUUCAUGAGGAAUCACUGACACCAGCGACAACAACAAUGCCCGCCGAGGUUAACGGACCGACAAAGUAUACCGGUCUUAUUGCACAGACAAACUUUCAUUUGAAAACCAAUCAUGUUUACCAACGACUACUCAUCUCUAGUCCAACAAUUACUAUAGAGGAGACCCAAGAAUUACAAAAGCCCAUGGAGGAAUGGUACAACGAGUUGCCUAUAUAUUUGAAGAGCCCCAUACCUGAUGAACCGGACUGGCUUGCGCUCAUGAGAAGUCGAUUGAUGUGGCGAGACUUGAAUAUGAGGAUUUUGAUUUAUAGACCUCUCGUUCUUCGAUGGGCGUCUGAACGUUGGAAAUCGACAAAUGCUUCAAAUGCCCCAGAAGAUCAAGCGGAACGAGAAUGCAGACUCCACUGCUUACAAUAUGCAAGAACUACGAUCCUGGCCAUGAUGGAAUACAUGGAAACCCAUGUGUGUACCCGGCUCGGUGCCUGGUACAUAUUGUACUUCCUCUUCCAGGCUGCUCUAAUUCCUAUCUUAUUCAUCAUGACUGAUCCUAACUCCCCGGAGGCUGCAUCUUGGUACCAGGAUGUUGAAACGACCAAGACUAUACUAAACCAUCCAUCACUCAGCAACAAUGGUUUAGCUUUGCGCUGCCUCGACGUGAUCACCCGCCUCUGCUCUCCUACCUCUAUCGCAGAAAGACAGUCUGACAUGCAGACCCAAUUCAUGAUGCAGCAGCCUGGACAGUUAUUUAGCGACAGCGGCGCUUUUGGACUUUUCCAGAAUGAGAUUGGAGGCCCUGGCGCAAUCGGAAUUGGACCACCCAGCGCAGCAGGGUUCAAUUUCGGCGAGUGGGUGAACUUUCCAGGGCAGGAGAAUUUCACUUGA